AUGCCGGAUGCGGCCACAACCAGGAUGCGCUGGGACCAGGGAACCGGUGACGUUCUGGUCCGACCAGCCCGGCUGCCCCGGGAUGGACAUCGGCGUCCGAGCCGGUCCCUGCUGCUCGCUGCCGCGCACAGCCCUGGGGACAUGGCAGAGCUGGGAGCCACGCCCUGGGGGCUGCCGUCGCACACCGGCCACCCUGACCCCCACCGAGGUUCGGCUGCCAGGUCCCGGCACCAUCCCCAAGGCACACCGGGGCUGGCGUGGCUCUGCCUCCUGCUCCUGCUGACUGCCUGCGUGCCCGCGGCCGGCACCAACCCCGGCAUCAAGGCUCGGCUGACCCGGAGGGCACUGGAAUUCGGCCGGCAGUUUGGGCUGGAGCUGCUCCAGUCGCUGCUGCAGAAGGAGCAUGAGCUGAACCUGCACGGCUCCUACCACAGCCCGCUCCUGGGGACACUCACCUAUGCCGUGCCCCGGAUCCACAUCCACGAGCUGCAGAUAAACGACUCCACUGUGGACUUUGCCGAGGACGUGGGGGUGAGGCUGACGGUGCAGCGCGCCCGCAUCCGGCUCAGCGCCGAGUGGGGAGCCCAGCUGGGCGCCAUCCAGGACAAGGGCUCCAUCGAGCUCCGCAUGCGUGACCUGGCCGUGACGGCGGUGCUGGGGGUGAGCGUGGACGGCAGCGGCCGCCCCAUGGUGUGGAGCGCCAGCUGCGAUGCCCACGGCACCGACCUGCACAUGGAGUUUCACUGGGGACACAGCUGGCUCUACAACCUACUGGCACCGCUGGUCCAGAAAGCCCUGCGGCGGGAGCUGAACAAGCAGCUCUGCCUCGAGCUCCACAGGGGUGUCCACAGGCUGGAGGCUGCCCUGAAGCAGAUGAAAGUGUCCACCCAGCUGGACCCCUUCGCUGCCAUCGACCACUCCCUGCUGGGGCAGCCGGCCAUCACGGUGGAGCACGGGGAUGUCGCCAUCAAGGGGGAGUUCUUCAGGGUGGGCAAGUACCAGCAGAGACCCUCCUCGGCGCGGCCCGUGGCACUGCCCGUGGCGUUGCCUGCAGUUCCGCCCACGGCACUGCCUGCGGCGCACGAGCCCAUGCUGCUGCUGGCGGUCACCGAGUUUGUUGCCAACUCAGCCGCCUUCGCGUACUUCACGGCCGGGGCCCUGCGCAGGAACAUCUCCAGUGACAUGCUCCCGCGGCGGUUCCCACUCCAGCUGAGGACCAAGAGCAUGGGGCUCUUCUCCCCACAGCUGCAGGAGCACUACCCGGACCAGCCCAUGGAGCUGCACCUCUCAGCCCGCCGGCAGCCCCUGCUCUCCUGCCGCCCCGAUGCCCUGCAUGGGGCCCUCUUCGGCUCUGCCGAGGCCUUCGUGGUGCUGCCCAAUGCCACUCGCAUCCCCGCUUUUGAGCUGAACAUCGAUGCCAACGUGACGGGGAAACCGACCAUCACCGGGAACAGGCUCGGGGGCACUGUGAGCCUGACAGGGCUCAGAGUGGCGCAGGUGACGUCGCAGGUGGGCCCGGUGGAGGUGAAGAGGCUGGAGACCCUGCUGAAGUUUGGGCUGUGGCUUUUCGGGGUGCCCCGGGCAAACAAGUGGCUCCAGGCCGGCAUCCCCCUGCCCGCCCCGCACGGCUUCAGCCUGCUCAACCCCCGGCUCUCGCUGCAGGAGGGUUUCGCGCUCAUCGCCACAGACCUGCAGCACGAGUCCUGA